CAGAUUCAAUGUGCAUGAUCUGAAGCCCCUUCUAAUCAAGAGCAUUUUGUGGGACUUGUCCAAUCCUGUGUGUUAUCAGGGAGGAGGAGGGUGGGCUUUCACUGUUACUUCUUUUCUUCUAAGUCCUCUUUUUUUUCCAUUUGGCUGGAAUUUAAUCUCAUACUUCAGAGUCGCAGGUUGCUCUGCUGUGCAGAAACUGAGGAUCCCAAGCAGGCUCAACUCCGGAGAACCAAGAAAUGUUACUGUUAUCAUUCAGGGAUAUAGCCAUUGAUUUUACUGAAGAGGAAUGGGAAUGCCUUCAACCUGUGCAGAAAAACUUAUAUAAAGAUGUGAUGUUAGAGAACUAUAGAAACUUUGCCUUCCUUGCCAUGACUCCACAUGAUACCCAAGAAUAUUCACCAGAGAAGGGCAUAAAACAUAUAUUUCACAAAUUGAUAAAUGGGAAAUAUAGAAGUUGUGAUCUUGACUAUUUACAACAAAAGAAAAUAUGGAAAACCACAAGUGAGAGUGAACACCAGAAAUCAUAUAAAAAAUCAGGCCUUGUUCACCACCAGAGAAUUUAUACUGGAGAGAAGCCCUACAAAUAUAAACAAUGUGGCAAAGCUUUUAGUAAAAUAAAUGAUCUUAUUAACCACAGAGUAACCCACACUGGACAGAUGCCCUACCAAUGGGCAGAAUGUGAUAAAGUUUAUAAAGAAAAAUCAAUCUUUAUUAAGCAAAGCAGAAAUCACACUGAAGAGAAGCCCUACAAAUGUGAAGAAUAUGGUAAAGUUUUUAGUCAAAAAUUAAACAUUAUUUACCAAAGAAGAAUUCACACUGGAGAAAAGCUCUACAAAUGUAGAGAAUGUGGCAAAGCUUUUAGUCAAAAAACAGACCUUAUUCACCACAGCAGAACUCACACUGGAGAGAAGCCCUACAAAUGUAAAGAAUGUGGCAAAGAUUUCAGUCAUAAAUCACUCCUUAUUCGCCACAGAAGAACUCACACUGGAGAGAAGCCCUACAAAUGUAAAGAAUGUAGCAAUGCUUUUAGUCAAAAAUCAGACCUUAUUCACCACAGCAGAACUCACAGUGGAGAGAAGCCCUACAAAUGUAAAGAAUGUGGCAAAGCUUUCAGUAGAAAAGUAGGACUUACUUACCACAGCAGAACUCACACUGGAGAGAAGCCCUACAAAUGUAAAGAUUGUGGCAAAGCUUUCAGAAUAAAAGAAGGACUUACUUACCACAGGAGAACUCACACUGGAGAGAAGCCGUACAAAUGUAAAGAAUGUGGCAAAGCUUUCAGUAAAAAAUCAGACCUUAUUUGCCACAGCAGAACUCACACUGGAGAGAAGCCCUACAAAUGUAAAGAAUGUGGCAAAGCUUUCAGUCAAAAAGCACACCUUAUUUGCCACAGUAGAACUCACACUGGAGAGAAGCCCUACAAAUGUAAAGAAUGUGGCAAAGCUUUCAGUCGAAAAUCACACCUUAUUUGCCACAGUAGAACUCACACUGGAGAGAAGCCCUACAAAUGUAAAGAAUGUGGCAAAGCUUUCAGUCGAAAAUCACACCUUAUUUGCCACAGUAGAACUCACACUGGAGAGAAACCCUACAAAUGUAAAGAAUGUGGCAAAGCUUUCAGUCGAAAAUCAAACCUUAUUCGCCACAGCAGAAUUCACACUGGAGAGAAGCCGUACCAAUGCAAAGAAUGUGGCAGCUUUCAGUCUAAAAUCACACCUUAUUUGCCACAGAGAAUUCACACUCGAAAGAAGCCCUACAAAUGUAAGGAAUGUGGCAAAGCUUUUAGAAUAAAACAGGCAUUAUUCACCAUAGAAGAACUCACUCUGGAGAAAUAGUCCUAAAAAUGUGAAUAAAGUGGCAAAACUUUUAAUAAAAAAUAAAACUUUAUUCACCACAGCAGAAGACACAAUGGUGAAUAUGAAAUGUAAAUAAAGUGAUAAUACUUUUAAAGAAAAACUAAACCUCAUUAACAACAGAAUUUAUAAAGGAAAGAACCCCUAUGAAUGAAAACAAUGUAUCAAAGCUUUUAAUAAGAAAUCAUUUCUUUUUCACCACUAGGCUAUUUAUUCUGAAAAGAAGACAUAUAAAUAUAGAGAAUGUAGAAAUAUUUUAAAUUAUAUGUUGUACAUUACUAGAAAUCAGAUAAAAUAUGCUGGAGUGAAGCUUUAUAAAUGAGACGAUUGAACCAUUCCUCUAAGAAAGGGUAAAAAUUUAAUCGCCACCACAAUAAUCUUAGCAGAGAGAAAGUUUUGAAAUGUGAAAAUUGACAAUGUGACAAUGCCUCCAAAAUGUAUUCACCAAUACUCAGCACCUGUGGAUACAUACUGGUAAGAGAGAAAACAAAUGGGGGAUAAAACAUUUCAUUGCCACAUGUUUCUUAAACACUACUGAUUGGUGUAGAAUUCACUGUCCCCAGAAACUCUAAAAUGUUAAAUAAUAUUUCCAAAACUUAAUCAAAUUUUAAAUUCAUUGAACAUCUGAAAACUCAUACCAGUAGUGAACAUUGAAAAUAUUUUGUACAAAAUAUAUGCCUUAUACAACAACUAAACAUUUAUAGUAAACACCCUGACAAAUAUGAGAGUAAAAUCAUUAUCUAUACAUUAAACCUUGAUAUAUAUGAGUAUCAGUAAAAGACACAACUCAUUUAAAUAUAGAAUAUAAGUAGUUGUGUUUAACUUUUGUUUAAAUUUAUUAAGCAUUAUCAAAUUAUUUGGUAGUAAUAUCAGUCAUAAAUAUCAUACAUGCAUGGUGCAGAAACCUUAUCUUUGAAAGCAUAUAAUUUUCUUCUAAAUAAAGUAUUACUAUUUUCACUUUUAAAUAUUAGAGAAAAGAGUUAUAAGAGAUCUAUCUUUUGAUGUUUAACACUGAAUUGUAAUACUUUGCACUUUAUUUUUUUUGUAUUGCAGUUUAAAUUUAAGGAUUUUUAAACACUGAGCCACAUUCCUAAGCCCUCUCCCCACUAUUUCAAAUUCUGGGACUGGUCUUGCCAAGUUGCUUGAAAUCACACUAAGUUUCUGAGGCUGAGUUUAAACUUCUGAAAAUACUCAGCAUCCCAAUUUGCUUGGAUUACAAGCAAGGACCAUCAUGCUCACUUUACAGUGCAUUUUUUUUACCUAUAUUUACCUUAUGUAUGCAAUAUGUCUUUAUAACUGAAUAUUUGUUUAUAUGUUAACACUCAUGUAUUGCAUCAUGUCAAAGUGUUCCACUUGACUAAAUUAUUUAUGCAACAGUAAAACAUACUAUUGAAUAAAUAAUACUCUAGCAUCUCUCAAUACUUUUACACAUUUUAAUAAAACUUAAUAUGGAAUAUAAUUGCAUAAGUCAGAUCAUUAUAAUUUUCUCUGUUUGUAUUUACAGUGAAAUUAAGUGUUCUAUGAAGGACAUAGAUAUAAAAAAAGCCCCAGAUUUUCAUAUCUUGAAUUACAAAUUUUAACAUUUUAACAAUUCCUAAUGAUUUGAAGAGACUGAAUUUCCACAAAUGUAAAGAUAGCUCUUGUGGAGAGAAGAGCUUUAUCUUUCUUGUGUGUGCAUAAUGGCCUUCUAGACUUCAGCCUCAUUGGGGCCAUUUCAUUUUUCUGUGAAUGAAUGUUUUGUUUUCUAUGAUCAGUGUUUUCAUGUACUUUAGUAAAUUCUGACAUCACUGCUAUUCUAUGGGUAGUAUUGUAUCAAGGCAGGAAUAAUCAAUGAGCUAUGUUUCAUAGUCUUAUUUUCUAUGGACCAGUUAGUAAGGUAAACUGAGAAGGUUGUAUGUAAAGAUUAAGUUUCUUAUCAUAAAAUGUUGUCUUACCAGUUACAAUAGGAUAAAGGCUUCUUAUUCAUGGAAUCCAUAAAAAAUCAUAUUGAAUAUCAUUCAAAAAUUUAUUGAUAUUACAUAUAAUUCAUGAAGAACUGAGUUUACAACAACAUAUGGUUAAGAAUAAGGUCUGGUGACAUUUUACACUCUCUAAUAUAGACAUUUAUAACAAUUUAAUUAUACAUGAAACUACACUAAAUGAAAGAAAAGUCAAUGGGGUCAACACACAAUAGCAUACAAAUAAAAUCUUGUAAAGACGUAAGCAAAAGACCAAUAGUGGAUUAAGUGUGGCUUCCAAAUGCUAGGGGGGGAAUGGAUAUAUAAUCAGAGGUAAUUGAAGAAAGAUAUGUUACUAACUUUGAGUUAGGACAGCAUUUGAAAGAAAAAGAGUCCCUACAAAAUUAACAAUGAUUAUUAACUUUCAUUUGUAUGCUUUGUAAUAUAUUCCAAAAGACUUCUACAUGUUUUAUUUCAGUCAAAUUGGGAAACAAUACAGAAAUUUAAAAAAGACAAAUAUUGCUCCUCUGGUUUUAAAAGCAAGAAAAAGAAUAGAGAGAGAUUUACUGAGCUAGAAAAAUUUAGUAGUUAGAGGUAAAAAAAAAAUAACUGAGAUUUCCAGAGUCUCAGUAUAAUCAGUAUUUCAGCCAUCCCUGGCUGCACAGGGCAUUUUUGCUUAACAAAAAAUUUGUUCACUUAUGUACUGUUCUGAAUAUGUAGUAAGAUCCCUAGUAAUCCAAUACCGAUGGUGUAAGAGAAAUUUUGAAAUUUUUGGAACAGCACCCUCAAAACUAUGUCAAGACUGACUCCAGAAAAUCUCUGUUCACAGUACCAUAUUUCAGAGUUAUGCUUGUCCUCAGUUCAGGAAGAUGAAGGACAUGACCACUUAUUUUUAUGCUACAGGUGAAAGAUACAUUUUUUACCAAUAUUUCUCCUGAGACAUAAAAAAAAAAACUACAUAGAAACUGUCCUGAGUGAGGACAGGGAGAUUUAACCAGAAAGUGAAUUGGGGGAUUCCAUUAUUAUAGAUGUAAUUUUCUCAACAUCUUUUCAAUGUACCUAACCCAGUAUUGAUACCAAAAUUAAUGAACAACCUCUUCUCAUGCUGAAUGUGCAUGAGGCUACUAUAUAACAUGAAAACAAUUGCAAAUGUGUCAGAGAUGCAUUUUAUAAUAUUAGUUGAAAAUUCAAUUGAUUGAUCAUUAUCACACUGUGUUUGACCCCAGCAAAUACCUUCUCAGUGUGCAAGAAAAAUGGGAAAAACUUUAAAAAAUCAAGAAAAUCCAUGUUAAAGAAUAACAACUAUUUUUUUAAUAAGGAAGUGGUCAAUGUCUUUUUGAAACAACAUGACAAUAAACUUUCCCCUAUCACAUAAAGGAAAGCCACAAUUCUGUUAAACUUCUUCAUUUUAUUCUUUGAAUAUGCCAAGUAUUUGGCAAACUGCCACAUACAUAUAUUGUUUUAAUUUCAGUGGUGUAAUUAUAUCUGGUUUUCUCUAAAUUGCUACUUAUUUAAUGCAAAUUUGUUGAGAAAUUAAUUCUGCAUUAGCUGAGUAGUGAAAGGUAGUGAGGAAUUGAAGUCAUUGAAAGCUCUAUGAUUUGCAAUCUCAGAAUGGUGGGAGGAAGCUGUAUAUAAUCAUGAGAAACAUUGAGUACUAUUAAUUUGUUCCAAAUAUUUAUUUACCUUAGUAUCCACUUUUCACCUAAAUUAUUGCUUUUAAAUGGAGCUGACUAUUAAAUAUCAUAGGAAAGGCCAUCAGAGCAAUCCAAAGAAUGAUGUUUUUUAAAAAAGCAAUCAAAUCAUAAACAUCUGGUUGAAACAAGAACUGGCCCACUGUUGGAUCUUAGCUUUUGACUUUAACAAAUUUCCUUCUAUCUUUCUUUUGAUGAUGACUAAAAGGUACUUCUAUUAAGAGCAUGACCAGAACAAUUUAUGGCAAUUUGUUUUUCUAAAACAUAUAUAAAAUUGACUUGCUAACUCAGAAUAGAACUUAAUGAGCAUAUCAUGUUAUGGUUAAAAAAAAGUAUAACUACUCAACAUGAAGAUUGGUCUUUUGAAAAAAACAAUGUGAGCGUGAAGACCAAUUUGGAAAGUUAGUAUUGAAUAUUUUAUAUAAAAGGAAAGGCAGUAAUAUUUAAAAACGUUUUGAUUAUUAGAUGCAUGUAAAAAUUAAAAGGGAGUGUCCAGGCCUGAUGUGGUGGUACAUACCUGUAUUCUCAAAAAUCAUAGAGUCUGAGGGAGAAUAAUCACAACUUCAAGGCCAGCCUUGGAAACUGAGACCAGGUAUCAAAGCAAAAUAUUGAAGAAUUGUGAAUAUAUAUGAAUGAAAAUUCACCCCUGGGUUCAAUCACCCGGACUCUAUAAAACAGUAGUUUCCAAAAUUUACACCCAAAUCAGCAGCCUCUGCAACUAUGUAAAGUUCUAAAAGGAAACUAAAUUUAGCCAUAUCUACUACUAGUUGUAUGAUAUUGACCAUAAUUUUGAAAUAUAUACAUAGAAGACCCUUCACAAUGUUUUAGGGUUCCCAUUAUUUUUCCAAUUGCAAUGAGAGAGGGAGGAAAAGCAAUUUAGCUCAUGGGCCCACUUCUUUCUCUUCAGGCCUAAUGAGUCAAAUAUUAAAAGGCUUUAGUGUUUAUUGAUUAUUAUUUACAUAAUCAUAAUGAUAUGUGUUCUGUGAUUUCUUGCUUAAUCUACAUUGGAAACUUUAUUAUUUCUGAGUAUCAGCAUCUGUACAGACCACCACACCUCACUCUAUUUUUUAAUAGUUACAAGUCCCUAUGUUCAUGCUUCAUCAGUUAGUUAUUCUCUUUUAAAAAUAAUUAUGUGUUGCAUUCUUUGUCUACAGAAAAUUUAUGAAGGUUAAAAACCAGUAAGCAUUUUCACAAAUUUGACUUUAAAAUAGUUUUCAUCACAAAACACACACCAGAAGUAAGAAUGAUUUCUUUCUCUAAUUUAUUAGCCUUUCUGACAUCCAGUAUCAGGACAUGAAUGCUGCUAAUGGAGGGAUGUCCUUACCAUCAAGAACAAUCAAUACUACUUUCUUCUAUCCCAUUAAAUGUUACAAAAAGUGCACAUUUUACUGUUUUUCAUAUGCAGAACUUGACUUUCCAUUUUUUGUGUUUAGUGGGUUUUUACUUUCUUUUUCAUCACUUUGUUUUUCCAGUAUUUUCUAAUUUUCAUUUUUUUGUGUGUGGUGAAAAAAAAAUAGGUCACUAGAAUCUUCUAACUUUUGCUACAUUCCAUCAAUUGAUUACUUACUAGCUUAAGAAUCAUUUUAAAGGUAGGACUGAGGUAUGCUAAAAAAACUAUUUUCAAGGUCUACUGCAGAAUCAGCAUAACUUUCUUGAGCUCUGUAGUUAGAGCCACUAUUUCUGUCCACAAACUCUGCUCCCUUUGUUUUAUUUUUCUUCUAUAUUUAGUAACCCUCUUUGUAAUGAGGCACAGAAAAUCGCUUUUUAGAAUUUUAUCAUUUAUGAAGAUCUAUUUUUAUUUAUCAUUGAUGGACAGUCUGCUUCAGUUUAGAAUACCAGGUUGAAUACAAUUUUUCCUUUAAAUCUUGAGGUUAUUCUGUAUGUAUCAUCUAUAGCCCAUCAUUAAUGAUAAAUACUUGGGUUCUAUUCUUGCUUUAUUGAAACUGACUAUAGAUUUUCUUUACAGGAUAUUCUCUUUGUUUUAAGCUUAGCUACUUGAGAAAUUCUGUAGAUAUAUUUAGCAUGUUUAAAUUUUAUUUUCUUGAUUAUAUCAUUCAAAAAAAUAGAAUAUUUCCAGACCUUAUUUUCU